GGUCCACUAUUUGCCAAAUUAAAUAUAUAUAUAAAUAGGCAGCUGUAGUUAGUUUGGAUAAGUGUGAGUGUGUCGAUUGUGCUUAGUCACGGAUUCAAUUUCAUGAGACGCCAAAAGCUAGCAGCCAUCCAUCGGUCAAAGCGAGGGCAAAAACAAAGCAGCGGCGGCAGCAGCAGCGCUCAGUUCCGGACGCAGUAAAAGUUCUUUGUCUGCGCGAAGCAGCGACGCCUACCGCGACGGCCUGGGUACGUGCGUCGCUGUAAAAUUUGCAGUUGUUUGUUGACAGCGAACGGGCGACGAUUCGACGUUGACAGCGACGGCGGCGUCAACGGCGGCAGCGCACUGUUAUAGUUGGAGUUGGUGUGCGAAUGUGUAUGUGUGAAUAUGUAAGUGUGCGAGACGAGAAAUGCAAGUGCAACUAAACAAAGCAACUGCUUACCACGCGCCAUAACAACAACAGAAGCUGAACAGUCAGUCAAACUAAGCGCUGCAACGCGGACGUGCGCGUCGCCAGUAAACAAAAGAAAGCUGGCCAAGCUGCUGCUGCUGCUGCUGCUGCUGCAACUGCAACAGGCAACAAUACAAAGGACGAAGAAAACGCAACAGAGGCAGUUAACAAACCGUUAAAGGGCAUUUGAUUACGAGAGAAAAUCAAACAAAUCAAAAUAAAUAAACAAAAAUGUCAUCUGUGAAUGUGAACCAAAAAGAGAGUCCCAGCCGCGACUCGACGGCCUCAACAUCGGGACACAUAUCAAUGAUGGCCGAGAAUACGCUGGAGUCCCUGUCCAGAGACUACAGCCUGGUCAGUCUCAAUUCGGCUGGCAGCCAGGACGAGUUCUUUCGCUGUCGCGAUCAUGCGGACAGCGUUCUGAAGCGCAUGCAGUUGUAUGUGGACAGCCAGCAGCUGUGCGAUGUGGUGCUCAUCGCUGGCAUUGAUGGCAAGCGCGUGCCCGCUCACCGCUUGGUGCUAUCCGCUUCGAGUGCAUAUUUCUCAGCAAUGUUUACGGGUUCGCUGCGCGAGACCAAGGAGCACGAGGUUACCCUGGGCGAGGUGCACGGCGAUGCGCUGCAGCUGCUGGUGCAGUAUUGCUAUACAGGAUUCAUUGAGUUGCGCGAGGACACUGUGGAAACUCUGCUGGCCACCGCCUGUCUGUUGCAGCUGAACUCUGUGGUGACGGCCUGUUGCAAUUUCCUGGCACGCCAGCUGCAUCCAUCCAAUUGUCUGGGCUUUGCAUUCUUUGCCGAGCAACAGAGCUGCACGGCGCUGCUGCGGCUGGCGCAGGCCUACACCUGCCAAUACUUUAUGCAGGUGUGCCAGAAUCAGGAGUUCUUUCAGCUAAACGCCGAUCAGCUGGGCAAGCUGCUGUGCAGCGAUGAUCUCAAUGUGCCAUCCGAGCAGGAUGUUUUCCACAGUCUGAUGUCUUGGGUGCGCCAUGAUGCGCCCAAUCGGGAGCAACACAUUGCCGAGCUGCUGGCGCUGGUACGUCUGCCCCUGCUACAGCCGGCAUUCAUAAUGGACAAUGUGGAGAGCGUGUGCAGCGCCAAUGAGUGCCAACAGCUUGUGAUGGAGGCCUUCAAAUGGCAUCUUAUGCCUGAGCGGCGUUCGCGCAUUGCCACCGAACGCACCACGCCGCGAAAAUCGACCGUCGGUCGACUGCUCGCUGUCGGCGGCAUGGAUGCCCACAAGGGCGCCAUCACCAUUGAGAGCUACUGUCCGCGCCUGGACAAGUGGACGCCUUGGAAGCAUAUGACUGGCCGGCGAUUGCAGUUUGGCGCCGCUGUCAUGGAGGAUAAACUGAUUUUGGUGGGCGGACGCGAUGGACUCAAGACCCUAAAUACCGUGGAGAGCCUGGACUUGAAUACGAUGGCCUGGGUGCUACUAAAUCCCAUGGCAACACCCCGUCAUGGUCUUGGCGUGGCAGUGCUGGAGGGUCCGCUGUAUGCGGUCGGUGGGCACGAUGGCUGGAGCUACCUGAAUACGGUUGAACGCUGGGAUCCUCUUGCGCGCACCUGGAGCUAUGUGGCGCCCAUGUCCUCGAUGCGUUCGACGGCCGGUGUUGCGGUGCUGGGCGGUCGUCUAUAUGCGGUGGGCGGACGUGACGGCUCCGUCUGUCAUCGCUCCAUCGAAUGCUACGAUCCGCACACGAAUAAAUGGAGCCUCCUCGCACCAAUGAAUCGACGCCGCGGUGGCGUUGGCGUGGCUGUUGCAAAUGGUUUUCUCUAUGCCUUGGGCGGCCACGACUGUCCGGCCAGCAAUCCCAUGGUGUGUCGCACCGAGACCGUUGAGCGUUAUGAUCCUGUCACCGAUACCUGGACACUGAUUUGCUCGCUGGCUUUGGGUCGCGAUGCGAUUGGCUGUGCUCUGCUCGGGGAUCGUUUAAUUGUCGUCGGCGGCUACGAUGGCAACACUGCGCUCAAAAGUGUCGAGGAAUAUGAUCCGGUUCGCAAUGGCUGGAAUGAUUUGUCGCCCAUGUCGUUUCCGCGUGCCGGCGCCUGUGUCGUUGCCAUACCGAAUGUUAUACCGCCAGCAGCUCCACAGCCGCCGGCCAGUGCUACAAAAAAGAAGAAGUGGAAGCCAGUCAGAUUGGAUCCAAUCUGCUAUAGGCGUCGUAGAUCCGUCGAAUUUGUCGACUACUAUCAUAUGUAAUUACGAUAAAAACAAAACUAUAAAUAUUUAAGAAAAACAAUAGUAAGAUCAAGCAAAAAACCAACACAAAUGGUUACUUUUAAAUAAUACGUAUUAAUUUAUACAAUCAUAUAUUUAUAUUUUUACACAAUCAAAACAAACAUACACUACGCAUAAAUGUAUACACUGAAUAUGU